AUAAUUUAUAAGAAAAAAAAUAACAAGUAUAAUAGCAACACAUUAUCUAUCAUGUGGGUCUCAAUCAUCGAGACUUCCACUUUUUUAAUUUCUUUUUUUCCUACUCUCUUUAUAAAAAAAAAAAAAACUAAUCAAUCUGUUCUUUAGUGAACAUGGCCGUUGAAUAUCGAAGCCAGAUUCACACAAAUCUUCUUCCUUCAAUUAUUUCAACUUCUCUUGGCGUGAGAUUUGAGGUAUGUAUGUGGAUGUGGUGUUAAGUUAGGUACUCUGUUACGUUUGUUCAUCUUUUUAUUACAUCUCAAGCAAUCAAAAUCACCAAACACUUUCUUUCUUUUUCUGAAAAUUGAUUGGGGUAUUUGGCAAGAGAUUUUCUUGUUGGGAAAAAUAUUGUUUUUUUUUUGUCAGAGAGUGAAUUAUAAGUGAGAUCAAUAAAUUUUGCCCCAUUUUUAAAGCUUCCUCCUUUUAAAUAUUUUAGGUCGCAACUAAAUUGGAGUUAAAGUCUGCUGUUGAGAUUGUUGCAGAUGAGUUUGGUCUGAAUGUUUGGUGGUUUUGGAUAUGGACCGGAGGAGCUGGUUAUGGCGGAGAAAGUCAUCUGAGAAAAGUCCCGGCGAAACUGAGAGUACUGGCUCUGUCUCUUCUCACUCUGAAAGAUUCUCUGACGAUCAGAGAUCUCAAUCACCGGAAUUAAACUCUAAACCGGUAACACGAGAAGAAGAGGCAACGGCGGAUAUCAAGAUUCUUACGGAGAGGCUCUCUGCAGCUCUUUUAAAUGUCAGUUUAAAAGAAGAUCUUGCUAAACAGCAUGCUAAAGUUGCAGAGGAAGCUGUCUCAGGUUGGGAAAAGGCAGAGAACGAAGCUGCGGCUCUGAAGCAACAGCUUGAUGCUUCUACAAGUAAGGUUUCGGCUCUCGAGGAUCGAAAUAGUCAUCUUGAUAGUGCGCUUAAGGAAUGCGUGAGGCAACUCUGGCAAGGAAGAGAAGAGCAAAAUCAGAAGAUCGAAGAAGCUAUUAACAAUAAAUGCAAAGAAUGGGAAACUACAAAAUCUCAACUUGAAGCCCGAAUCGAGGAGCUCCAAGCUAGACAAGACGUUACUACUUCUUCGGUCCACGAAGACCUUUACCCGAAACUUGAGGCUUUAGAGAAAGAGAACUCUGCUUUGAAGCUUCAACUACUUUCAAAAUCUGAGGAGGUCAAGAUUAGAACUAUAGAGAGGGACUUAAGCACUCAGGCUGCUGAGUCUGCAAGUAAACAACAGUUGGAAGGGAUCAAAAAGUUGACUAAACUUGAAGCGGAAUGCAGGAAACUGAGAGUCAUGGUUCGGAGAUCAGACAAUUCCAGUGACCUCAAAUCUUCUAUAGAUAACCAAUCAGACUAUUCCGGGAGAGUUUCUUUUAGUGAUAAUGAAAUGCAGAGUCCAUCAGAGAAGAUUAUUGGGAAAAGUUCAAUGGCUACUUCAGUAGAUAUUGGUUUGAUGGAUGAUUUUCUCGAGAUGGAAAAGCUCGCUGCUUUGCCGCAUUCUGAACCUGGAAGAAAACAUUCAGAGAGUAACAAGGAGUUAGAGAAAUCUAAUGCUCACGUUAACCAACUAAAGCAUGAACUCAAAACCUCGCUUCGCAGAAUUUCUGAACUGGAAGAAAAAGUAGAGAUGGUAGAGGUAGAGAAACUACAAUUGGAGAUGGCUUUGAACGGAUCCAAAGAGCAGAUCGAGGCAUUGCAGAGUCGACUAAAGGAGAUAGAGGGGAAGUUAUCGGAGAUGAAGAAACUAGAAGCAGAGAACCAGGAACUAGAGUUGUUGUUGGGUGAAUCAGGAAAGCAAAUGGAGGAUCUUCAAAGACAGUUAAACAAAGCACAAGUGAAUCUGUCAGAACUAGAGACUAGAAGAGCAGAGAAGCUGGAACUGACCAUGUGUUUAAAUGGAACGAAAAAGCAGCUUGAGACAUCGCAAAAUCGGCUAAAGGAGACAGAGAGAAAGUUAACAGAGCUUCAAACUCUGCUGCAUCUAACAAAGGAUGCAAAAGAAGCAGCUGAGGAUGGUUUAAAGGCUGCAAACGGGAAAACUGAAGCGAUUGAAUCAAGACUUAAAGAUGUCGAAGCAGAAGCGGAAUCUUUGAUCUUGAAAAUCAAAUCACUGGAAGACGUCACAGAGAAGGAACGUGCUUUAUCAGCAAAACACAAUUCAAAGUGCAACGAACUGCAAGAUGAGAUCUCAAAACUAAAACAAGAACUCGAGCAUCAUCAAGAAACAGAGCCUGCGCCUAACCAUAUCAAAGGUUUUGAGCUGAAGCAGGAGAAGGAACUAGCAGUGGCUGCUUCAAAGUUUGCAGAGUGCCAGAGAACCAUUGCGUCGCUGGGGCAGCGAUUACAGUCACUAGCUACAUUUGAAGAUUUCUUGAUUGAAUCUUGAGGAGCAGGAGCUUCGUGAAUGGUGAGAAGAAUGAAUAGACUCUGAAAUGUGGAUGAUGUUGAUGAGCAGUUUAUCUGCAAAAGAGACUUGGAGAUCCCAUUGAUGAACAUAAAAGUGUAGUAGAGAACACAUGAACAAAAAGGAGUCUCUGUAUACAUGAGAAAGUAAACAGGAUUGAGAUUAUUUGUCAAUAGAAACAAUGGAAAGAGAAGAUUAUAGUUUUUCUUUCAAAUUUUAUAAAAUUAUAUCCAUUCAGAUUCUAUUGACUAUUGUCAAGGUCAAAUCAAAUAUACAAGGGAUUAAGGACCGUUGUAAUUAUUUAUGACCGUUGUGAUCAAUUUCCUUUUUUUUGUAGUCCAAACAAAUUAAAAGGAAACAACCAAAAUUGUCGAUAAAAGGAAACAAACGAUUCUUUUCCUUAUAAAUACUCGUCGU